UGGAGUAUUUGUUUCUAGAUAAUAUGUUAAUAGUAGGCUUUCUUUGCACGGCACGUCGUGCCCUCUCUGUUGACUAUCUUCAUAAUGGAAGAUAGGGUUCACUUAGGCGUUGUACAUGUUCGUCUUUAAUGAUGGUUCGUCUUUAAACACUUCCAAGAUGAUAAACCUGCCCCACAUAAAGAUAACUACAGUGAUAGCUGAUCAGCCCAACUAUGAGCACAAUAUUAAUGGUGUUAUAUUUGCCUCAUCAUCUACUACUACACGGCUGAUCUAUCGCCUGUAGAAUCCGCACAAGUCAAUGGCGUGUAACUACAUGAAGACAUCCCAGCCAAACCAGUCAAAGGCAUGUAACUAUAGGAAGAUAUCCCAGCAAAAACAGUCAAAGGCAUGUAACUAUAGGAAGAGAUCCCAGUCAAAGGCGAAAGGAAAAAAUCCCAGCACACCAGUCAGGCGCGUAACCCGGGCAGGCAGGAACACGCGACGUGGACGCGCCCUGGGCCUUGACGUCACUGCAGCGUUCUGCAGCGCUGCUUCCGGGUCUCUGCUUCCGGGUGGGUGGGCGCUGCCGGGAGCUGUUGCCUGGCUGAGAUGUUGUGAUCCUCAUUCUCGGAGUCAAGGAAUGAGACGACUCAGGUUGAAUCAGGACUGGAUCGGCCGGAUCAGACUCGCCCUCACCAUUGUCGGGUUGCCGUACGCGGUGUGCAAACCAGAAACCAGACUCUCUUCUUCCUCUCCUCUGUCAAUCAUCCACAGCCCAUCGGCCGCAGCCUGGGUUCAUAACCCCUACACAAACACGUUGAGGAUGACGUCAUCUACUGUAGCACCACCCCUCCAUCUCAAGUCCAGGUGCCAACCGUACCCCGGGUCACAAAUCAAGCGCUUCCCAGUGCCGGAUGACAAGGUGGACUGGAGCAAGGUGUGGCCGCAGUACCUCCCGGUGCAGCACACUGACCCCAACGUGGCCAGCAGACCCACCUGGGCCGACCCGGACCUGGGGUCCAAAGUGUUCUCCCCUCGGUUCAACUGCGUCGACGGGGCCGUGGACCGCACCAGCUUCCUGGGGGACUACAAGCUGCUGCAGAACCGGCCCCUGAACCCCCGGGGACGCACGGGCCUGGCCGGCCGCGGGCUGCUGGGCCGCUGGGGGCCCAACCACGCCGCGGACCCCAUCGUCACGCGGUGGAAGGUGGACGCCAAGGGGCAGAAGGUCUCCCACCCAGCGUCCAAACGGCCCGUCCUGCAGUUCAUCUCCAUCAAGAGGAAGGACUGUGGGGAGUGGGCUAUACCAGGGGGCAUGGUGGACCCCGGGGAGAUGGUGACGCUCACCCUGCAGAGGGAGUUCUCUGAGGAGGCCCUGAACUCCCUGGCCCUCCCCGCGGGCGAGCGGGCCCAGACCCACCAACGCAUCACCCAGCUCUUCAAGGGCCCGGGCCUCCAGGUGUAUCGCGGCUACGUGGACGACCCCCGGAACACGGACAACGCGUGGAUGGAGACGGUCGCCGUCAACUUCCACGACGAGACAGGCAACAGCGUGAGCGAGCUGCCGCUGCAGGCGGGGGACGACGCCGGUCAGGUCACAUGGGUGGACCUGGACUCCGCCUUCCCGCUCUACGCCAGCCACUCCCACUUCCUGGAGACGGUCGCCAAGGAGAGAGGUGCACACUGGUAACCACGGGGACGAAACAGAGGGCGGCCGGAGAGAUGAAGGAACGACUGAAGACAAUGAAGGAACCUUAUCGCACUGCAGGCUCAAUGAGCACCGUCCCCGUGUUAGCAACGACCCCGUGUUACCAACGACCCCGUGUUAGCCCUCACCCCGUGUUAGCCCUCACCCCGUGUUAGCCCUCACCCCGUGUUAGCCCUCACCCCGUGUUAGCAACGACCCCGUGUUAGCCCUCACCCCGUGUUAGCAACGACCCCGUGUUAGCACUGACCCCGUGUUAGCAUCGACCCCGUGUUAGCACUCACCCCGUGUUAGCAACGACCCCGUGUUAGCAACGACCCGGUGUUAGCAACGACCCUGUGUUAGCCCUCACCCCGUGUUAGCCCUGACCCCGUGUUAGCACUCAGCCUUUGUUAGCCCUAAUCCUGUGUUAGCCCUAACCCCGUGUUAGCACCGACCCCGUGUUAGCACCAGCCCUGUGUUAGCAGCGACCCUCUGUUAGCACUCAGCCUUUGUUAGCCCUAACCCCCCUGUUAGCACCGACCCCGUUUUAGCAUCGACCCCGUGUUAGCACUGACCCUGUGUUAGCACUGACCCCGUGUUAGUACUGACCCUGUGUUAGCACUGACCCUGUGUUAGCACUCGGAGUGGGACCUCAUUGGGCCUCCAGUAUGCCUCUAUAUUUAUUCAACCCUCUCCACUCUCCUCCUCGGAGGCUCAGGGUGAAGGACUUCAUGCCCGCUUCUGAUCGCUACUGAGUGAACCUGAAUGCUACGCCUGUGUGCAUAUAACACAAUAACACAUUAUACAAAUGAGUAGCACUAACUUAACCCAAAACCAGAAUCAAACAUUACAUAACUGCUCACUGUGAGCCAUCCGCUAACUGCAGUGAGUCCACUGCUAAACACAGUGAGCCGACUGCUAAACGCAGUGAGCCGACUCCUGAAUGCAGUGAGCUGACUGCUAAACGCAGUGAGCCGACUGCUGACUGCAGUGAGCCGACUGCUGACUGCAGUGAGCCGACUGCUAAACGCAGUGAGCUCACUGCUAAACUCAGUGAGCCGACUGCUAAACGCAGUGAGCCGACUGCUAAACGCAGUGAGCCGACUCCUGAAUGCAGUGAGCUGACUGCAUUUAGCAGCACAUACUUCCAGCCCCCUCUCGCCUCUCGCCGCCUCGCGUCUCACCGUCGUGUGGUUAGGGUACUUUGUGAAGACCGUCCCUCUGUGAUCAGUGAGCAUGGUGCCUCCACACACUAGACAGGCCUCCUGUUGGGGACUGCGCUGUCCUUUUGGGAGGGAGCCGUCUGGACUUUGUCUUUCGUCUUCCAAACAGAUCACAUCCCACCGUCCCAGACCCGAUAAACCACAGAUUAUAAUGACUUUAGGAUGGUUACAUAUUUGAUAAAUACAUUUUUAUUUGAAGCUCCCCUAAUUGUGUGUGGACUGCAUGCUUGUGUCUGCGUGCUGCUUGUGUAGUAGACUUGUGUGUUUGCUGUAUGGUUCCUGGACUGCGAUUACGCACCCCCUGUUCCCAGACAUCCCAGUGCGGGCGGUGUCGGCUUUCGUAUCGAUCUGAGGUAGCGAGGUUUGGCUCGGGUUCCCUGGUCUGAUGAAGGAUGUCUUCACCACACGGCUGCGCCAUGCACAUUAAGGAACAGGGUCAAUCCGGUUUUCAUCUGUUCAUAGAGUACUAACGCACUUUUAUAUUGAGUCUCAAUGUUUUGCAACCAAAAAUAAGAAUGAAUAAAAAUGUUGAAUCAA